GUCUGUGAUCUGUGCCAGUGACAAAGAAUCAAAUCUUUGAUGUUGAAGUUUAUUUGUUUAUGUUUAUGUACCAUUCCAAAAUGCAGCCGAAUAUUAAAGAAAAUCGCAAAUAUCAAUAAUUUCUGGGGUUUAGAUGCAAUCGGCUGCUUUGGACCGAACCAUGGCAGUUCGCUGUCGGCUUUGUGCCGAUUUCUGCUAUGGCCACCUUGAAAUUGCCGAUGAACCUCGCAUUAACUCAAUGAUCGAAUUCUUUUUCCAAUUUAAAAUUGAAUCAGGAGGCAAAUUGCCUUCUACUGCUUGCGAUGCCUGUCUGGAUCAUGUGGACAGAAUGUGGCAAUUCAAGGAGCAAGUGGACAGGGCGCAACUUCUACUUAAUGGGUUGGCCAAUUCAACGGAUAUUACUAACAUUGUUCUGGACAAUCAAGUUGUGAACACUCAACCCCAGCAAGCUGCUGAGGAAUCCGAUGUUGUUGAACCUAUUUCAAAGCCAGAGACUCACAACUUAGCUGUUGAUGUGAGCAAAGACAAAUGUUCUUGUGACGAAAAACCGGAGGAGAAAUCUGCGAAAGCAAGCAAAAAGCCCAGGAGACGCACAGCGAAGAUUGAAAAAAAAUCCAAGCCAAGUGAGGCGGAAACUUUCAAAGAAAUCGAAUAUGUAAACCCAGACGGCAGCAUCGUACCGAAAAUGGGAAUAGGCGGUUGGAACUCCUAUCAUUGGAACUGCUCGGAAUGCGCCACUAUCCUGUUUGCAGCCGAUGACUUAAGAGAGCAUUUUGCAACUGCCCAUAAUGUCACCUCAGUCCGCUACCUAUGCGUGGACUGCCCCAAAGUGUAUUCGAAGUACAUCAGCUUUAUCCGACAUGUCAGAUACCACAGGCCGUGCCUCAAAUUCACUUGCGAUGUUUGCUAUAAAUGGUACGCAACUCCCAAGGAAGUGGAAUCCCAUCAGAGGUCGCAUAGUGAAGAGGACCCCUACCAUUGCACCAUUUGCGGAAAGAGAUUCCGCGUUCAGUCCCUAUUAAGUCUGCACACUAGAUCUCACCUACCCAGCAAUGUGAAGAAUUGCUAUCCUUGCAAUCAUUGCCCAAAGAAGUUCGGUACUAAACCCAACCUAAUGGCGCACAAGCGAAUACACUUGGGAAUCCGGGAAUACACCUGCGACCAAUGUGGCAAAAGCUUCGUGCAAAAAGGCAAUCUGGAUAACCAUACCUUGACCCACAACUCAGAUCGGCCGUUUCAAUGCACCAUUUGCGAGAAAAGUUUCAAAUCGCUGGUCCGUCUUAGGAAACACAGUUCUAUUCAUUCAGGGCUAAAGCCGCACCAAUGCGAUAUCUGCGGGCGCCAGUUUAGGGAACGGGGCACGCUUAAGGAACAUCACAGGAUACACACGGGCGCCAUGCCUUUUACUUGCGAAUUCUGCGGCAAAUGUUUCCGGUUUAAGGGCGUUUUAACCACACAUAGGCGACAGCAUACAGGCGAACGCCCGUAUUCUUGCACUGAAUGCCAACAUCAUUUCACCAACUGGCCGAACUACAACAAGCACAUGAAGAGGCGGCAUGGGAUAAACACCAGUGUGACUUGUCGAACCAAACAGGAAAUUCCGCCCACCGGGAAGCCCCAUCGCAACCCCCCCGGGACGGUUUUAGCGGCCCCACAACACCCGGCUCCCGUUCACGUCAUUUGCCAAGCAAACAACGCUCCUUUGGAGGUGUAUAGUGAGGCGGCGUCCGGAACGGCUUUUUACCCCGUUUUGGGGCUGUACGGCAUACCGGAUGAUAUAGGGAAAGGCGUGCUAUAAAACCGACUUUAAGCUAAUGUUAGUCAUUGAAACACGUGUAAAUGUAAUGAAAUGUAUUGAGCGCGCUGUAUGAAACCUUAAACUAAGAGACUUAUAAAAAAUAAUUCUUAUUAUAUAUCCCCGGAAGUUA